AUGCAUCAAAAUUCGGUCAUUUUUGUCUCUACUUCUUCCAGGAAAAAAAUGAAUGAAAUCCAGGAGUCCAAUAUUACGAUGCCAGCUAAAGUUAAAAGGCGCAGUAAUGUGCAGGAUUUUCUACUACCCACGGCAAACAUAGGAAGAAUUAUGAAGGUAGCUCUACCACCAAAUGCUAAGAUUUCAAAAGAAGCAAAGGAAACCAUGCAAGAUUGCGCAUCAGAGUUCAUAUGCUUUAUAACUGGGGAAGCUUCUGUUAAGUGUCGAAUGGAGAACAGACAAACUCUUUGUGGAGAUGACGUAUGUCAUGCCAUGAAAUCACUUGGGCUAGAUGAAUAUGCUAUUGCUACUGAAAGGUAUCUUCAAAAGUAUAGAGAGCAUUACAAGAAACCAGAGGCCUUGAAAAAUACUACGCCAAAUCAAAUUGAUGUGCGAGAUCAGUUGUCAGUAUACAGCAGAAGCAACCAGCAAAGAUAA